CGCAUGCGCACUGAACAACCCGGAAAAGGGAGUCCCCAACACAGCAGAGCGGAGCAACUGUUUACGGUUUUUCAGCGAAUCUCUGCCGACGAACAAUAAAAAACAACGAUGCAGCUUCACUUCACCAAGGAGGUUCUACCGGACUCGGUCAGCAGCGACUUCCAGAACCUGAGCAAACUCAACGAGCAGCAGUUUCACCGUCUGAUUGAACUUCUGUUCCAGUUCCUCCUGGAGCCCAAAGAGACGGAGAGGUUCAUGCAGCAGCUCACUGAGUUUGCAGGGGAACACGGGAUGAGCGCUGGUCCUCUGAGGAACCUGAUGAAGAGCGUCCUCCUGGUGCCACAGGGAGCCCUGAAGAAGCACCUGGCGGCCGAGCAGAUCAGAGAAGACCUCGUCACAUUAGGACUGAACGAGGACAAGGCGGAUUACUUUUCACAGCAGUGGGGGGAGCACCACGCAGCGCUGUCCAGACUUGCGGUCAGACAGACUCUGAUGGUCAACCAGCUGGUCGACAUGGAGUGGAAGUUUGGAGUGACUGUCGGCACCAGCGAGAUUCAGAAAGUGGGGAACAUCUUUCUGCAGUUGAAACUUGUGGUCAGACGGGGGAAUUCCACCGAGAACGUCUACAUGGAGUUGACGCUCCCUCAGUUUUACAACUUCCUACAUGAGAUGGAGAGAGCCAAGGCCAGCAUGGAGUGUUUCAGCUGAGUGUGUGUGUGUGUGCGUGUGUGUGUGCGUGUGCGUGUGCGUGUGUGUGUGUGUGUGUGUGUGUGUGUGUGUGUGUGUGUGUGUGUGCGCGUGCGUGCGCGUGCGUGCGUGUGUGUGCGUGUGUGUGCGCAUGCAUGUGCGUGUGUGUGCGCAUGUGCGCGCGUAUGGUGUGACUGUAAAGGAGUGUGUUUGUGUUUAUGUAAGUGUGUAGCUGCAGGGCAGUGUGUGGUUUGGUUUAGUCAUUCUGUGUGUCUGUGUGUGGCUAAAGCUAAACAAAAAUACUAAUAGUUAUUUUCUGCUCUACAUUUCUACUCAUAUCUGCCAAUAAAUGUUUAAUAAAGUGAAAAAACAUUUCUUUUAAUUAAUCUAUGUGGGAAUAAUGCAA